AUGGCGGACACGGUCAACCCGCAGUUCGGUGCAGAGCUAAAGCAGUUCUACCGUGACCGCAGCGUCAUCGAGAAAGAAUAUGCCGCCAAAAUAACCGCUCUCUGUCGCAAAUACCAUGACCGCAAGUCGAAAAAGUCAAGCACGCUCAGCGUCGGAGACACGCCCGUCAUGACUCCCGGAUCGCUAGAAUCAGCUUCUCUGACUACCUGGUCUACGCAACUGUGUGCUCUGGAGGCAGAGGCCGCGGCACGAGAUAAGUUCGGGGCAGAUCUAGUCUUUCGGGUAGCAGAGCCGUUGAAGCAGACGGCUGCCAAGCUGGAGGAGCUGCGCAAGAACCACGCCGAGUAUGCGAGCAGGCUGGAGAAGGAGAGGGACUCGUCGUAUGCCGACCUGAAGAAGAGCAAGGGCAAAUACGACGGGGUCUGCCAGGAGGUAGAGAAUAAGCGGAAGAAGAUAGAGAGCUCAUUUGAUCAUGGGAAGCAAAAGGCACAGCUCGCCUACCAGAAUCAGAUUGUGGAGAUGAACAAUGUCAAGAACACAUAUCUAAUUGCUAUAAAUGUCACGAAUAAACUAAAAGAGAAAUAUUACCACGAAUAUGUACCAGAAGUACUGAAUGGACUACAAGAUCUGAACGAGACUCGAGUGAGCAAGCUGAAUGCCAUCUGGACUCUAGCUGCAGAUCUAGAAAAGGCCACACUGGCCAGGGGCGAAGAACAGGUCUUGCACGUCCUCGCCGAGAUACCACGCAACGAACCCCGACUGGACUCGAUGAUGUUCAUGCGCCAUAACACCGCGCACUGGCAGGAGCCACUGGACAUGCAGUUCGAGCCCAGUCCCGUCUGGCACGACGAGCCAACUAUAGUCAUCGACGAGCCGGCCAAGGUGUUUCUGCGAAACCUGCAGAGCAAGAGCAAGAGCCAGAUGAAGGAGCUAAAGGCCGAAGCCGACAAGAAGAGACGGGAAGUCGAGAACGCAAAGAAGGCCCGGCAGAGCAUUAUCGAUGGCACCGACAAGCGUGACGAGGUCGAGGUGGUGCGAGCGAUAUUUGCCCUGCAGGAAGAUUUGCAUCUGCUAGACCGGAAGAGGCUGACGGGCGAGAUCGAGGUAUCGACCGUCUCGUCCGUGGUGGGAGACCUCUCGCUUGGAGCGAAGAACCACAACUUCCGGGCCCAGACGUUCAAGAUCCCCACCAACUGCGAUCUCUGCGGAGAGAGGAUAUGGGGUCUCUCGGCCAAGGGGUUCGACUGUCGUGACUGUGGCUAUACGUGCCAUAAUAAAUGCGAGAUGAAGGUUCCAGCCGAGUGUCCGGGCGAGCAGACGAAGGAAGAGAAGAAGAAGCUGAAGCUCGAGAGGCAGGAGAAGGCCAAUGCGGCUCCGGCGCUGCCGGCCCAGGAUAUCACUCCUCGAGUGUCGAGCCCCAGCGCGGCAGAGCUCCCGGCGCUGACGAGAAAGGAUACGAUGAACUCGCUGAGUUCGGGAUACUCGUACAACGCGCUUAACAAGUCUACGUCGGCACUGUCUGUCAGCCAGCCUGCCAACGGAGGCUCAGCGUCAACGUCGACAUCACCGGCUAUUGCUGAGCUGCCGGACUCUGGGAGCGUUGUGAAGAAACCGGCCGUGGCUCCUCGGAAGAACCGAAUACUGGCACCUCCUCCGGCGCAGUACGUGAGCGCCCCGCCACCACCGGCAGCUUCCAGCGACAGCAAGGAGAACGCCAGCGGUCCCGGCAAGUCUUCCGAGCCAAGCGGGAAGAUGAUGUAUGCCUACCAGGCCAACGGGGAGGACGAGGUGACCGUAGACGAAGGACAGGACGUCACCGUCGUCGAACCAGAUGAUGGCUCCGGCUGGAUGCGAGUUCGAUCCAACGGCCAAACGGGGCUGGUACCAGCCUCCUACGUCGAGGUCUCGUCCACCCCGUCGCCGUCACCAGCGGCAUCUCCCAACCCCAACGGGCGACCAGAGUCAACGUACUCUACCUCCAGCGCCUCUCUCGCCAGCAGCGCGGCAGGCAAACGACGGGGCCCCGCCGUCGCACCCAAACGGGGAGCAAAGAAACUUCAGUACGUCGUGGCGAUGUACGACUACGAGGCACGAACGGACGCAGAAUGGAGCAUGGCGGAAGGCGACCGGUUCGUCCUGGUGAAUCGAGACAGCGGGAACGGAUGGGCAGACGUCGAGAAGGGAGGCCAGACCAAGUGUGUUCCCGCAAACUACAUUGAAGACGCAUGA